AUGUCGCUCGUCUGCAUGGCGUUUUGCGCUUUAUGGGGUGUCUUCGCAUCGCUCAUUUUGCCAUUGUUUGGAAGAGCUGAUCUGAUCAACUGGUCCGUGGCUCGUGCCUACUAUUAUUCGUGCAGUUUCUUUACCAAGCUCUCAGUCACUAUUGAAGGUGAAGAAUACUUGGAUCCAACCCGGCCUGCUGUCUACGUUUGCAAUCAUCAAUCAAGCAUGGACAUUUUAUUUAUGGCAAGCGUCUUUCCAAAGGCUACUUCAGUUGUUGCCAAGAAGGCUAUCAAGUACUAUCCUUUCCUCGGCUGGUACAUGACAUUAAGCAAGGCCAUCUUUUUGGAUCGAAAGAACCGUGAGAAUGCUAUCAAGGAAGCUCGUCAAGCUGCUGAGAACAUCAACAACAAAAAGACAAGCGUCUGGCUUUUCCCCGAAGGUACUCGUGGUCAUGCUGCUGAGAUUGAUCUCCUUCCCUUCAAGAAAGGUGCCUUUUACAUGGCUGUUCAAGCACGUGUACCUAUUGUUCCCAUCGUCGUCGCCAAUUACAACACCUUUUAUGAUUCCAAGACUAAGCGCUUCAAUGCUGGUACUAUCAAGAUCAAGGUACUUCCACCUGUACCCACAUCAGAUAUUAAGGAGGAUUCCGAAUCCAUCGACAAGUUGAGCACGGGCAUUCGCUCUGAUAUGCUUGACACUCUUAAAGACAUCUCUGUGCGUGCUGACAAGAAGACACAGUAA